AUAGUUAAUAUUAAUACCCAAUGGUGGCCAAUAGCAUAUAAAUAAACACUGUAAACAAGGUCUGACAAUGAUCAAUUUUAGUGUUCGAACGCGGUAAGUUUAACUGAUUUAUUAUAGUGCCUAGUACAGUAGGCGACAAUCUUUUACAAGAGGAUGCGAGACUUCUAUGUCAAUUACUUUAACUAACACAUUUUACAGCUUUUUAUAAUUAUAAAUAAGUAAUAUUAGUAUAAUAUAUAUAUAUAUAUUAUAUGUAUUUAAAUAUUUUACUAACAUUGUCAACAUACUAACUAACAUAUACUGAUAUUUGUUAGGCUGUCAGUGUGGACUGACACUGACGGCUACUAAAUUUAUAAUACUAAUAAAUAGUAAAUAGGCAUGACGUGAAUAUUGAUCAUAUUCAAUUAUUACAAUCAAUCAUUAUUUACAUCUAAUAUUAUAAAUGAGAUAAGCGUAAGAGUUAGUUAACUUUUAGUUAGGUCAAAGUUAGGUUAGGCUUAACAGGAAUUAGUUUGGGCCUAUGCCAUGCCCAUGCCGCGCCUAUUAAUAAUUAAUAGUAUUAAUGACAUUGUUUAGUUAUUAGUUUAUUAAUUAAAUCUACUCUGGAUCCAGAUUCCAGGCUGAAUACGGCACUUCAAAACUUCGUCUACAGCAGGCCUACUUUUCAAAAGCAGUUUUGAUCAAUAAAGACUAAAGAAGUUAUCUAUUAAUAUUAAUAAUAAUGUUAUAUCUUUGGACGUAACCUGUGGAACUAUGGGCAUGACUCAUGGGUCCAAUGUUGUAGCUAGGGUUAUUGCUGCCUGGGGUGGCCCGCCCCCUCAGCAUCCCAAUGAUCCAAUCCUAUGCCACUGUCUGGGUCUCUGGACAAAGUCCUUAAAAAUGCCUUAAUCCAACCUUGUGGAUAGGGCAUAAUUAACAAGAAACCACAUAUAUAACAUUAUCAAGCCUUCAGUCAAUGCUCCCAUUGUAACAAGUAGGCCUAAGCCUAAGGCUUAACUUACAGAGGAGAAAUACUUGAAGUUGAAGCCUAACACUAACGUAAAGAAGAGUCAUGGUCUGAUUUGGGUUGCAAAGAGUUUUGAUAUUAAAAGACAUGUAUGAUAAGUAUGAAACUAGGGUGCAAAGGAUUUGACUCAAUGGAGAAUUUUUGUUGCUGGCCAUGAUUGGAGUUUGAAAGAAAAAGAAGUAAAAAUAUUAAUCUUAAAAACGGUUUGAAAAUAUGUUAAUUAAUUCUGUUAUUAAUAAAUAAUUUAGGCCUGCAAGCAAAUUCAUGUUAGGCCACUCCCUAUUAUGAUAUGCUAUUUUCAAUUCAUGGAAAUUGUUGCAAUGCAGUUGCAAUAAAUGUGCUAUAAUAACUUUUAAAUCAUUCUUUUUUCAACGCUAUUUCUCCUUAAAACAAUGGGACAAAAAAUGUUCAGCUUACCUUAUGGUAAAGACAAUUUUUUUGGAAUAUUUUUAUUCAAAUAAUUAUACCUCUUCUUGCUAAAACAAUGUUAGCCUGUCACCUGUUGAUAUUUUAGAAUAGAGUAUUGACACCAAAUUACUGAUUCAUUGUUUCUUAAAUUAAUUUUCCCUUAAUUAUUGUUACAGGUAGUUGUAGAAAAGAGACAGUGAGUUGUAGAAAGGAUACCUGUUUUACAUGAUCUAGAAUCAAGAUCAAAUGUCACAAGUAAAUACUGAUGAGAUAAUGAUGGAGCAUAAAACACCACUGUCGAGGCGGAUGAUGAGAAUUUUCCCAGAGGUUGUAAAAAAUAAAAAGGACUUGCAACCAAGUCAAAACAACAAUGUAAAUGCUACCCAGACCUAUUCUUUUGAGACUUCUGUGUUAGGAGAUUCCAAAAAUCACAAACAGGAACAGACCAGGAAUGGCACCGACCAUAUUUAUGAUAGUUUAGAUAAUAAAACAAGCCCAGGACUACUUAGGCUCCGUAUGACUCCAGGUUAGUAUAUUCCACAUAAUUAUGUUCAAAAAUGUGUAAAACGAUAUACAGAAUUAAUGCAUUGCAAAACUGUUUAAAAACACUUUAAAUUAAAGAUAUGUUCAUUUAAAAAUUGCACAUUUAUGACCAUCAAUAAAAGUAUAUUACUGAUAUGUGAAAGAGAUUGAGUUAUUUAUAUAAUUUAAUAUUAUAUGUCCAUAUUUAAUCAAGGCAUAAUGAAGGAGAAACAAAGAAAUUUGAUUGAACAACAUGAUGAGAUUCGUCAAAAGGGAAGUCACUUGAAAUCUGGAGGGGGUAUUUCUUUGUGGCCAGAAAUGCGCCAAAUGAGAUUAACAAAAUCAGAGGUUCUCUGGCUGCUUGUCCAAGCUGUUAUGUUAUGUUGCCUGACUAUAGUGCUGUUAAAUAAAUUGCAUGGUAAGAUAUAGGUUGUUUUUUUUUUUUUUUUUUUUUUUUUUUUUUUGUUUUUUUUUGUUUAAAUGUAAAAAAAAAAAAAAGAAAUAGUAUUAUGAAUUAUUUAUUUAAUUUAACCUCUGAUAUAUAAAAACAUAUUAAGAUUUAUCAAUGUUUGUUUUUUUAACUUAAAAAAUUCAUUUGAUGGUGCUUCAUUUUUAUAUUAAUGUAUUAUAAAACCUAUUAUCUUAAUUAAAUAUAGGGGAGACCUUUUGGAGUCUGCACAACUUUAAAAUCCAAGUAAAACAGUUUUGCAUAGAGAAGAGUUUAAUCAAAGAGACAGUUGAUGGAGAGCUUUUCAAAUCUGAGGUUACUCAAUGGCACAAUGAAUUCCUACAUAUUAAUGUAAUUUUUUAUUUGAAAUCUUUACAUUGCCAUAUUUAUUUUUAGUUUUAUGUCUAAGUUCAUCAGUAUUUUUAUUGAAAAUAAUUUAAACAAAUAAAAAUGAUUAUUAAAAUUUUUUAAUUAUAUGGAUAGGUGGUACACAAAUAUUUUUUUGCAAAAUGUUGCCUAGGUGGUUGAGGAAUCCAAAUUUAUUUUUAGGUUAACAUCUGAAUUAUUAACAUCUAACAGAUGGUAUUGCAUAUUUAAUAAGUAUAAGAAGAGAAUUGAGCAGUGAGUUUAAAAAUUAGGAACCACUGACCGAAAUGGAAGAUUCCCAACUAGUGUGCUUGUUUUAAUUGUAUUAAAUCAUAUGAAGGAAUGUGUUCAAGCUGUUUGAAGGAAAUGUUAAGGUAUUUGGAAGCUUGAAUCGAAACACAGGACAAUAAGAUCAAUUUAAUUUUAAUUAUUUAUAGGCAAAGAUUAUACUUAUACUGGGAAAUGAUCAAAAGAAUAAAAACUGCCCUCAUUAUGUGAUGUUUAACUGAUUUUUUUGUUAUUUGACAGAGCAAUAUACAAGAGCACUUUGAUAUCUCAUCAAUGUCUGCAAGUUUUCAAAUUUAUAUCCUAACUUACUGUCUUGGAAUUUUCAUACUAUUGUACUAUUUGAUGGACAACAUGCUAGCAAAAAACAAGCUGACUCCAUCUAGGAUAAAGAAAUGGUAAUAAAACACUUUUCUUAUGUUAUAUUAGGAUGACUUGCUUUCAAUAUUACAUCAUAAACUUAUAGAUCAUUUGUAAAUGUGGAUAGUUCCACCAAACAAUUUUUUUUUUAUAUUUGUUGAGGCAACAGACAUGUACCAGUAUUUUCAAAAAUCAAAAAAGUGUAAUAGUUAUAUCUAUUCUAUUGAUACAAGUUAUCAGCACCUUUCUUUUGGUCCAAGGAGUAAUUUUUAAAUAUCUCUAAAAUAUAUUCAGAUUGUUCUGGGGUGAAAAUGCUUCACAUAAAAACUUCAUGGCACCCUCAAUCUUAAACAUUUGAAUCUGAUGGUCACAAUAAUUACACAAUACCUUCCUGUCCCCAGUUUUGAAAAAAACUCUUUAAUUUUGUGAUUUUGUUUUUAAGUUGUCGCAGGUAGAAAUGUACUUUUUCUUUGUAUUAUUAUUUAUGACUUAUGUGCUAUAAAAAAGGUUGUAAACAGGGACACUGCCCACACUUCUGCCGUAGCUUUCAAAUUCUGAUGUGGAUAACUUUGUUGUGUAGUAACUUCUGGAGAAAAAAGUCUGAAUUCUCGGUCAUAUAAUUUACUAUCCUAAUAAUGUAGAAGUUGAAGAAAACUCAUUUUUAUUCAUAAGGGACCUUUGACGCCCACAUCCCUAGCUGUUUUAGAAACUCCCUUCAUAGAUACAUUUUAAUUAAAAUUUAAAGAUUUCAAAUAUUAAUUUUCCCUUGAUGGACAGGACAUGUCUGCUGGUUGUUAUAGGCAGCUGGACAUGCAUGAUGGCAUAUGGACUGUUCCUAGCUUAUCAACUUGAAAAACAAAUGAUUUCUUGUAUACAGCAAUAUUCCUCCUCUUUGGUAAGCAAAUCUAGUUCUUAGAAUUUUCUCUUGAGUUGAAAUGACAAUAAAUCAUUUAGACUAAAUAAAUAUUUAACUUAGUCACAAUUUACAUGUAUUAUUUUCCAUCUGGUUGUGCUGGGUGGCCGAGUGGUCUAAACAAAUCAACAAAGCAAAUCUCAAGUUGGUGGUCGGGAGUUCAAUUCCAGCCAGAGCCAGAGUUUCCAGUUCACAAGCGCCUGACAGGCAGCGGUGGGUCGAGUGGUCUAAACUGAGCAAAUCUCAAGUUGGUGGUCGGGAGUUCAAUUCCAGCCAAAGCCCUGUCAAGCAAAAAAAACCUCACCAGCACCCAGGGUCUAAACUGAGCAAAUCUCAAGUUGGUGGUCUGGAGUUCAAUUCCAGCCAGAGCCAGAGUUUCCGGUUCACAAGCGCUUGACAGGCAACGGUGGGCCUAGUGGUCGAGUGGUCUAAACUGAGCAAAUCUCAAGUUGGUUGUCAGAAGUUCAAUUCCAGCCGAAGCCCAGUCAAGCAAAAAAACCUCACCAGCACCCCAUUAACCUUGGUCGGCAACUCAUCUAAGAGAAGGAAACUCUAAAUUGAAACCUGGAGAUGGCAUCCCCUACAGGCGGCAAAACAUCGAAACAAUGAAUCAUUCCGACAACCCCUGUGACGCCCCGGAUGCCAUCACUGAGAGCGCAGUGAGCACGCUAAAAUAGCAUGGAUACUUAACGCUAUAUAAGUAUUCAAUCAAUCAAUCAAUCAAUCAUCUGAUUAUGUAAGCAAAGUGUAUGCAAUAUUCAAUAUAAUAUAAAUUCAUAUAGUGCCAGAUUUAUGGGUGGUAUGAAUGGCUGAAUUGAGUGUUUUUAAGACUUUCUUUCUACUCACAUUUUCAUCUUGUCCAGCGUAAUUGUUUUUUUUACACACAUGACUGAUUGAACAAGCUUGUUUCAUCAUCUGUCUUAUGGUCACCAGAAAGGUGGCAUCUUAGUUGUGUUAACAUCGCAUCUGGGUGUGGGUUGUUUGAAAGCUGUGGGAUUUUAAGGAUUUUUUAAAAAAAGUAAUUGAUACCGUACUUCUUUCGAUAAUUUACUAAUAAAAUUUUAGUACGGUACUAAAGCGUAGAAAAUUUUUUUUAAAAACACUAAAGUUUAAAGCACUAAAAAGUAGAAAAUAAUUUAAAAUUUCUUAAAUAAUUUGUGCAAAAAAUAUUUUAAAAUAAUACUGGGUAACAUGACUGAUCAAUUUUUUAGACCAUUUUUAAUUAACUUACUCAAAGUAUUUAACAAGGUUUGAGUAAUGUGUAUAUAAUAUCAUGAGCAGUAAUUAAAAUAUUUGAUAAAUUUCUAGUCUGAAAUUAAUUUAAAAUAUUUAAUUCAGGGAAACAAAUUUGUUAUUUUAUAUUAUAUUAAAUUACUAGACUAGACUAGUCAAUUAUCUUGAAAUACCCUAAUAUUUAAAUAUUGGUGUUGAUGCAAUGCAAUUGCUUAUAUUUUUUAUGUCACUUUAUUCAUUCUAUCAGUAUUUUUUCAUCCAACCAAAUUACAGUAACAAUAGGUUGAAAAUGACAUGUUGGUUAUUCAUUCAAUCAGCCGAUAUUAUCAGUUCGGAACGUUUUUAGUAAAAUAUCAAUAUGUGAACCGGUAAUGAAAUACAUUUCAUUUUUAAAAGAGGAUUAAUUUUUAAUACUGUCAGAGGAACAGUUUUAAUAGAUUAUGUUAAUUUAUUUUCAUUUUACUUUAUAAUUUGCUAUACCAUUACCAAAUUAACCGAGAAGGGACUAUUUGCUGUUGCUGUUUCAUCAAAAAAGAUAUCUUAUGAUAUCACCAUUGUAUAAUUUAAAUAAUUUUAUAAGAUAAGAUUCUUUUAUUGAUCCAAAUAAAUGGAAAUGUUUUUAUUACAUUUACAUACCGGUAUUCAUUUUUAGUACCGGUACAUAAGUAAAUACAUAUUUUAACCAAGACAUUUUACUAUUAUAACAAUUUAAACACAAGAACUCUAAAGUAUUUCUCUAGCAUAAAAAUCAGCCAUCAAUGAACUCUCUUGGUGACAUAAUAAACUUGAUCAUUUAGAUUUGGAAACCACUGGGGGAACACACUGAAGAGAAGAAUUUUAUAUUUUUUGGUCCUAGUCCUAACCAAAACAAUGUUCCACGAGAACAUAUAUUUCUUUACAUAGAUUUGUAAAGUGGAACUUCUUUAAAAAUCCAUUUGUCUUUAAAUGAUCACUUUUGUAUCUGAAUAAUUUCUAUUUCAAUUUUGGCAAAUUAUCAUAGAUCCUCAAACAGCAUCCUACACACAAAUUAAAUGUCACACGACUUUCUUUUCUUUACUUUAAAUAUUUUUUUAGCAUUAAUUUUAUAGAUCUCCUGAGCUAAUUAAAAUUUAAUUUCUUGAAAUAAUUUUGCUUUGAAAUUGCUUUUUGAUUUGUUUUCAGGCUUCCCUUGCCACCACCUCUAUGAACCUGGACAUUUUUCAAGCAGUACUACUUUAUUGGCGAUCACGUUUUUUAGACAAUACAUCUCAUGGACUUGUCAGCGUCUUUGGAGUUAUACCAGUUAGAGAUCUUAUAUACUAUCUUCAGUAUUACAGUGUACCAAUUGCAACUGUGUUGCUGAGUCCUGUGUUACAACUAUUAUGUGCAUGUCUAGCUGUGUACAGUCAAGGAGAAUAUGUCAGAACUGAAAUUUAGAUGGUUUAAGCUACGAUAUUAAAAUUUGUGUAAAAUAAUUGGGUUACUUAUUUCAGAGGCUAACUUAAAUGGAACCACAGAGCAAUGUCCAUAGCACCAUAGUUUUACUAUUUAGUACAGAACUUCAGUACCGGUAUGCUAUUUUAGUUUUAGUUCUGGCACUUCUGGUUAAGUUCUGCAUACUGGCACCUUGUUCCUAUAUUUCACCUCUGGUUAGCCUCUUUUAAUUUAUCAGAGUUGGUGGAGAUAUUUUUCCUGACUUGGGUUUCAUACAAAUUUCCAUUUUCUCAUUGGAGUUCUUAAUCAAAAUCAAUAGAAGAAGAUAAAUAACUUUUCAGCAUUUCUACUUAUUCGAGAUCAAGUACGGUACUGAUAUAGUAAUGAGAACAGUCGGAAAAUCAUACCAUUUUCAUUACUUCACAAGGGAGAGAAACAGAUAUAAAUUAAAUCUGAUGAAAAGAGGAAGUUAAGUGUAUGAAAAGGAUGUUAUUGUUGUUAAAUGGGCGCUGGGUGGUCGAGUGGUUUAAUAAAUGAGUCCUAAAAAUACCAGUGCUCUAUUUCUAAUUGUAAAACAUAUAUUGUGAGAUAUGUUAUUAAUAAACAUCCAUAAAUCAGAACAACUUAAUUAAGUUUGUCAGGAAUGAUAAAGAAAACUUUCAAUUUAAUACAAAGAGAGGAGAAAACAGCAUAAGGAGCAAUCAUACAGGAUGUUCUAAAAGUUGGGUAACGGGUGCAAUAUGCUGCUUUUCUAAAGCAGAGGCUUAGUGACCACCACCUUGAAACUUGAAGAGAUGUGGCACACUGACGACUACUACCGGUACUAUUCACAUUCACAAUUUCAACCAGUACAGGAAGCAUGACUUCCAGACAGUCCAACUAUCUUGGGAUACGGUACAGGUACUACAGUACGUCAUUGAAUUCUCAACAUGAAUACCGAUGUAAGAAACAGCAUUUGAUUCCAUGUACUAAUUCCAAUAAUAUUGUAUGACAUAACUGUAAGUACUUUAACCUUAACACAAAACUGUACUAGUAAAUAAAGUCAUUUUAAAAUGCAAAUAAGUUGCGUUUUAUCUCCCUUGAGGUCAGUUAUUUACAGAUGGCGUGUUGGGCAGAAAUAGUAACCAAAUUUAAUAAACCGAAACGGCAAUUCUUGAAUGGCUUAGAACAGGGGUCUCAAACUCACGGGCCAUUUGCGGCCUGCAAGACGAUAUUUUGCGGCCUUCUACAUGACAAUGUCAGCAAAGUUUAUUGUCAAUGUGGCCCAUGCGUUUUCCCCAUUCUCAUAUCUAUAAUUA